AUGGAUGUCAUCGGAGAGGUUGUCGCGAUGGGGGACAAAGAAAAUAUAGCAAAGCAAGAUGCUAAGACAAACUGGAUGUUAUCGCUGGAAAUUAAAGACUUGCACAAUAACAAAUUGAAUUGCGCAUUGUUUGGGGAGUUUGCUGAGCAGAUGUCAAAAUAUAAGAAUCAUGAAAGUGAAAACCGUAUCAUUGCUAUAAUCCAGUUUGCUAAAAUUAAGGAAUUUAAGGGUGAAGUUUCAUUGUCAAACUCGCUUUUUUCCACAAAGGUAUUCGUUAAUGAAGACAUCCCCGAAAUUAAUGAGUACAUGAGCAGCAUAAUUUUUAAUGGCAAUAUUUCUGAUGAGGAUGAUUGUCAAUCACAAAGACUCACUCAUUUGUCAAGUCACUAUUCACAUUCUAUAUCCGAUGAGUUUUUGGUAAAGUCUGAAAAGGUACUGUUGGAGGAAAUAUGCGAGAAGACUAAGGAAUGCUUUUGUGUGGCGCUUGCUACUAUUGUCAGUAUCGAAAAGGAAACCAAUUGGUACAAGGUCAAGGUAACUGUAGAAGAUGAUAGCGGAAGUGCCACCUUUGUAAUGUUUGACCGAGAGGUCUUCCAAAUCAUUCAAGUAUCGGCAGUUGAUAUAAAAGAUAAGUUAUCCAAGGAUGAUAAGAGUGAUUCUUUUCCUAAAGAGUUGAUCGAAUACACUUUUGGAUAA